AUGGCGCCUACGUCUACCUCGGACGCCUCAACGGGGGCCUCCGUCAUGGGCCUCAUCAAGAGAUACUACUACUGCGACAGCUACGGCUACAGGUACAGAUGCAACAGCAGAUGGUACGACUGGGGUCGCUGGGUUGUUCUCGCGGGCGUCAUCGUCGUCUUCCUGCUCAUCAUGAUGACUUGCGCCUGCACCGCCCGUCGCCGACGUCGUCGCGGCGCCCAGCCCAUGUACGGAACGGGCUGGAUGGCCCCCGCCGGCAAGUACGACCCCAACCAGCAGCACCAGAUGAACAACUACAACCAGGGGUACCAGCCCGAAUACAACCAGGGCUACGGCCAGCCCCAGGGGUACUACAACACGCCUCCGCCGUACGGCGGCCAGGCGCAGGCUCCCCAGAAUACGGGCACCACGUUCAACCCUAAUGAUGGCUACUACGGGCAACAGCAGUACGGUGUUCAGCAGCCGCCGACUACGUACCACCCCGAUGGCGGCUAUGCCCCUCCUGCUGGACCUCCUCCCGGCAAGUAA